ACCACCAAUCCAACGAAUUCAACAAAAAAUAAAAUCUUAGAACUUUGCCGCCGCAGUUACGGUUGAGUUGGCAGAGUGUGCUUGGUAAAUUUUGAGGUAAAAGAGUGCAUUAUUAUACUCGUACUUUUGGGUGCAUAAAAAUAUUGUACGUAAAAACGCUGACAGCGAAAAAAAAUUUCUCCACCACUAGCUGUUGCUUACAUGUCAUCGGUGUGGCUUUCCUUGCUGCUACACGAUUGUUAAGCAGAAAUUGCGAGUACGAAUGCUUAUUGUUUAGGCAACGAUUUUUUUUCGUAAUUUUAUAUUGUAUAUUAAGACCGAACAUUCGUUGCAUUGCUCAGUCAAUUUCGCAGAGGCCAACGGUGAGCAUCGAAGUGUGUAAUAACAACAAAGCACCGGCCAAAGUGUGGUCAUCACUGUCUUCGCUUUCGCUAAAUAGUAUUAAUAAGCGGUUAGCCUACGGGUGCACAAAACACUGCCAGUGCUAGCAGGUAGCGGGUGUACAAUAUAAACAUUAACUAAAUUUUAUUUACUCUUUGUGAUAUACAUACAUACAUAUAGAAUACAAGAAUGUUAUAUAAAACACAAGGAGAAGAAAAAAUAACUGUGCUAUUAGUGUAAAAUAGUUUGCGCAAAAUAAAUUCUCGUGUUUUGUUACUUUGUAAUAAUAAAUUUAUUUCACUCAGCUUUUUACGUGCUGAUGUUAAGAGAUUCACUGCCACCAAAAUAAAGGAACAAAAAUCAAAAAGAAUCGUGUAAAUCCCAAUUUAAAAAGAAAACCAGGUGAAAUCUUCUUAAACGUUGAAGAAUUUAUAACGGAAACAACAGUGUGAUAUAUGUAAAAAUAUUAAGUAGUAAAAUAAAUGGAAUGAAGCUUUGAUAGUAAUUUGUAGACAUUAUUAAACUUAAAAUUUUAUUAAAAUUUAAUUAAUUGAAAAGAAACAAAUAAAAAAAAGUGUUUAUCUCUGUUUGGUUGACACAAAGAAAUUAAAUAACAUGGAGAUGCGUUCGAAACUUGGCAGCUUCGAGUUGAAAGAUUGCAGUGCUGAAAGCGCCGCUGAGCGUUUACUUUCAAUUAUACAUACAGAACCCGUUAAGGUAAAUCGUAAACAUGGGGCCAUUUCAUUUUCAGAAGCUUUAUCACUUACCGGUUUUGGUAAAUUCAAUUAUUUUCUCAUCUUCAUCUCUGGCAUGGUCUUGGCUAAUGUUUUGCUGGAGACGGCGGCCAUGGGCUUUAUUUUGCCCAUCGCACAAUGCGACUUACAUCUUUCGAAUCAGGAUAAGGGUGUUUUGAGUGCGAUCAGUUUUGCUGGUAUAAUAACUAGUUCACAUUUGUGGGGCUUUUUGGCUGAUACAAAAGGGCGGCGGAAGGUGAUUAGGCCAACAUUGCUGGCGGGAUUUGUAGUCACGCUGUUCUCGAGUUUCUCGCACACGUUUUGGGUGAUGGUGUUGUUGCGGUUUAUCAAUGGUUUUUUUGUCUCCGGCGGCUCGGCGACAAUUUAUGCCUACCUCGGCGAAUUCCACACCGAUAAGACACGUUCGCGCGCAAUGAUGGGUUCGUCGUUUAUUUUCGCUAUCGGCGCUAUGAUUUUACCAAUGAUUGCCUUUCUGGUCAUAAAUCAAGAUUGGGUAUUGCCAAUAACGUUCUUGGGUAUCGAUUACAAGCCAUGGCGUCUAUUUUUAAUAGUAUGCGGCAUACCGGGCAUGCUUUGUGGUCUCUCCAUGUUUGCAUUACCCGAAAGUCCGAAAUUCUUGUUGGCGCAUGGACGCGAAGCCAAGGCAAUUGAAGUAUUGCAGAAAAUGCAACGUUGGAAUGGUGGCACUGAGGAGCUUAAGUUGAAACACAUUCUUCCCGAAGAAGAACAACCAGGUUCAAUGAUGCAAUUGAACAAUCAAUCCGCUUCCAAGGAGAACUUUGCCACCGCCUUCAUGAAGAGCAUGUGGAACCAAACUGUGCCGCUCUUCCACAAACAAUACAUACGCAUCACCUUGAUUGUAUGUAAUAUGCAAUUCUGGUUAUAUGUCGUCACAAAUGGCAUGUACAUGUGGUUCCCACACAUCAUCAACAGUAUGGUGGAGUUCAUGAACGGACAUCCAGGCGAACACAAGCAGAUUUGUCAUAUUGUGUAUGACAAACACGAGAGCUUAUAUAAGGAAGAUGGUACAAUGGAAUGUGUUGCUAAAUUGGAAAAUACAACAUAUUUUUAUUCAUUAAUAAUGGAGAUUUUAUAUGCAUCCUCGUUUGCCUUUAUCGGUUUGGUGAUCAAUCGUGUUGGCAAGAUUACCAUACUUUUCAUCUCCACCAUAUUCUUUACAUCAUGCGGCCUUGCGGCGGUCUUUGUUAUGGAUCCCUCGAUAGCAGCUUAUCUUUAUGUGCUCUUCUUUUUGGUGGGCGUGGCCAUAAAUGUUUUGGGCGCCGCUACUGUCGAGCUUUAUCCUACACAAAUGCGUGCCAUGGCAAUAUGCGUUUCUCUCAUGUUUGGCCGUUUGGGCAGUGUUGUUGGUGCUAAUAUUGUCGGCGCAAUGUUGGCGCAUAACUGUGAAAUGACCUUCUACACGGCAUGUGCAGCUUUAUAUGUCUGCGCUUUCUUGACGCUACUGAUACCGCGAAGGACCCUGGCGCCUCCAGCCAAACCUGUUUUGGAUGAGGCAUGAAUAACAGCGGGUGCGGCGGGUGGAGAUGCGUGAAGUCUUAUUCUAAAUUUGCGACUUAAAUACGGGGAUAAGAUACUUAAUUUCGCAACCUCUAAUAGGCAUAUAAUUUUAAAAUUAUCAUAUAAAAAAUGUGAUCGCUAUGUGUGUAUGUCUUGUAUGUAUGUAUGUGUGCCUGUGGGUAUUUAAUAAUUUAGUAUUUUAAAAGAUAGUUUUAAUUAUACAUUUUGUUUUAUAUUAAUUUAAUUUUAAUUUUGUGUAGAGUGUCUGCAACUGUUGUGUGAAUUUUGUGUGUUUUUAGACAAAAUAUAUUGAA